UUAAGUUUUCCCAUCCCUCUAGCCUCAUUCGAUGAGCAUGGAAAGAAAAUGGUCACAUAAAAUAUCUCGUUUUCAUGGAAUCAAUUUCGACUUACUGAUUAUUUUCACAUUGUUAAUAACUCCAACGAACGCAUUCGAAGAUAUAGGUUCAAUUGAAUGUGAUGCGACUUUGGAACGAAUUGUUCAAAUACAGAAGACAGAUUGUGAUGAAGUCACUGCUCAAUGUCCUACAUCAUGCCAUAUAGCGUUAUGUCGUGUCACAGGCUCCGAUCCUUACACUGAUACGUCCAGUGUUUGUUGUGCUGCUAUUCACAAAGGGAUUUUGAAUUCCGAUGAUCAAAGUAUCACUAUUCAAAUAAGUCGCAAGCCAAGACACCUCUUUUUUGGAACAACCAAAAAUGGUAUCAAGUCUAAGCAACAUCUGAGAAGCACAUUUCUAUGGUUUAAAUUCAAAGAUGUUUUAGAAAAUACAACUCCAACAGUUACAACCAGCUCUUUAUUAAUACCUACAACAACCACAACACAAUAUUUGAAAACUUCAAAAGUUGCAGAAACAGUGCCAUCAUCAGUGAUAUACACAAAGUACGAUUAUAACAAUCUUGCACAAAAUGAAGUCUUUACACCAACAUCACGUCACCAAAUUGAAACUUCAACACCACAUACACCAAAAAGGAGACAAUACAACCAAACUAGGAAUCCAAUACUACCAGAUGCAAUAAAACAGAAAAUUUUAGAAUUUACAGAAUCAUCAAGCUCCACAACACAGGCAAACCUUGGCAAUGAACAUCUUUUAGGUUUAAGAUCAAGCACUGGAAUGAUUUUGUUAUUGAUUGGAGUAUUUUUUGCUGGAGUUGUAUCCACUGUUCUUCUUUAUUGCAUCGCUAAACGGAAGAGAAGGAUAACGCAGAGAGUACUAAGAACGUGUGGUGGGAGUGGUAGCAAGAAACAGAAAAACAUGUCACAGAGAUUCGAAGAUGGUAAUGUGUGCGUGUGUUAUCAAAAUCUAAAUUCUUCCAAACAAGGCUUAUUGUACGAUCCUGAAACUUGUGAACGUCCGUGCCCCAUUCGAAACCCCAAUAAUGAAGAGGAUGCAAUGUUGCGAGAAAAUUCUUUCAUGCAUCAUAAUAGUUCCCUAGAUUAUGAUGGAGGAACUUCUUGCACAAAUGAUGGAAUGCUUGGCAAGAAUCCCUCUCAUCCAAAAGGAACGGCUAAUAGGUCAUCAAAACGGAACUCUAAGUGUUUGCAAAUUUCUUAUGAAGAUGAGUGUGCCGCUAGUUGCAGUGGAGCAUGCAAUCCUCAGCAGUAUGAUUUUUAGGUUUCUCUUAAAUUAAGUCCAUGAAUUAAUUUAUUCGCUUUUUCUAAUUUCUUGCAAAAUUAUUAAUUUUUUUGUACUCAGGCCUAAAACUUUGAAACUUAAGGUUAUUUAUUCAGAAAUGGUACUAAGUUCCGCUUUCAAAUCUGAUACUUUUUUUUAUCCAUAUGCGGGUCAUACUCGCAGAAUAUGUCUUGUCACAUAUGUAAUCAAAAAAAGUUAUCAAAAUAGAUUCUUUGAAAAAGCUUUAUUGCACCAACUUUUAUUAUACACAACAUUUUCAAAAUAUGUUUUAUACAAAAUUACUAGUGGGUUUCUAUUACCAAAGUUUACACUUUACCUUGUGUUACAAACCAAAUAUCAUAGCAUGAGAUUGAAAGUACAGCAUUUGUUAAUACAACCAACUCACAAUGACAACAGGUAAAAUUUAUGCAAAUGUAACUUCUGCAAAUUGUUCAUUUCUAACAUUGAAGGUGGUUUGUUCUGCUGCUGUCUCAUUAUGAUUUGAUUCUCCCUCUUAUGGUUUCUGGCAUUCUCUUAAUACCCAAAUUUUUGAUUGCUUAUUUGUAGUGAUGUGCGUUAUACGAACUUAUACCCUUAAAUAUCUUACAAAAUUACUUUGCAAUUUGACAUAUUUAUGUUCGUCCAAAGGACCACGUUUUAGGCAAAUUUGACAAAAUUAAAGUUUCACUCUACCUCAUUGAAUAGUAUCAUAUCUUUUGGAACUUUUCGGCAGAGUCACAGAAUGCUAGUUUCUAAGUAUCAAGUGAAUUGAGUUUACAAUUCUCCUUUUUCAGUUGUGAGCUGAGGAAACUCUCUACUCUUAUGUGAAAGUAGAUCGUAAUUUAUGAAAAUUGAGUCGCUCUUUUAAUUAUCAAAAUAAAAGCAUUCAAAAUCCUAUCUCCAUGCAAUAUUUUAACAAGCAAGGUUUUCUGUACUCGUUCCUCGGUGGUUUAUUAUAGGCUACUUGUUCCUUGCUGAUGCAACUUUUGAAUACCGUUCGUGUGUUUCGAUAUUUUUGGUGAAUAUAAAAUUGCACUAGUCGG